AUGGGGAGGGCCUUCGAGCUUAUGUCAGUCAUUGCUUCCUAUCGUCGUGCUCCGCAUCCACGCAACACCAGAGACUGAGACUGAGAGAGAGAGUCAUGGCCGAGUUUAAGUCCUUUUGCGAGCAACUCUCGAAGAUUGAGCUGCACGCGCAUCUCACAGGCAGUAUCCGUCGCGGAUGCCUUCACGAGAUAUGGCUCGACAGGAAGGAGAAGGACCCUGCGUUCGAGCUGCAGGACCCGUUGGAAGUCAUCCCGGCCGACGGGGUGACCGAUAUCAUGGCCUUUUUCCCGCUGUUCUCGAAAUACAUCUACCACCUCUGCAACGACGUGGCCACGGUAGGGCGGUCUACCACCUCCGUCCUGCACGAUUUCCAUAAUGACGGCGUGGUGUACCUGGAGCUGCGGACCACCCCACGGCACAACGCCGCGACGGGCCUGACGAAGACGGCCUAUGUCGAGACCGUCCUGCGAACCAUCGCCGAGUUUCCGGGCGCCAUGAAGACCAACCUGAUCCUCUCCGUCGACCGCCGCGACAGCCUCGAGACGGCGACGGAAACAGUCGAUCUCGCCAUCCGCUAUCGCAACGCGGGAGUAGUCGGCGUCGACCUCUGCGGCGACCCAACUAAAGGCGAACCGCACGUCUUCCGCACGAUCUUCGCACGCGCCAAGUCAGCCGGUCUGGGGCUGACACUGCACUUCGCGGAGAUCGCGGCGACGUCGAGCGACGCCGAGCUGGAAACGCUGCUGUCGUUCGGCCCCGACCGGAUCGGCCAUGUGAUCCACGUGUCAGACCACAUAAAGCGCAGGAUCGCAACCAUGGACCCAAAGCCGACGCUCGAACUGUGCAUCUCUUGCAACGUCCAGGUCGGCCUGGAUCCGAGGGUGCAGGAACAUCGCGAUCACCAUUUCGGUGAGUGGUGGAGGGAGGGGACGAAUCCGAUCGUUGUCUGUACGGACGACGUGGGAAUCUUCAGUACGUCAUGCUCGAACGAGUAUUUGCUGGUGGCGACGCACUUUGGGCUGUCAGAGCAGCAGCUCUGGGAGCUGGCAUUCGGCGCGGUCAAUUCAAUUUUUGCCGACGAUGUAACGAAGACGCGACUGUGUGAGAUUUUCCUGUCGUGGAGGGAAAAUAACAUGUAAUUCAUGCAUGUACUUGUACACACCAUUUAUUUAUCAGUCAUCGUGGUAUUGAUGGUGUUGGUGUUGUUGUGUAGUAGUAGCGUCGUUAGUGUUGUUACGCAUAUAUGUACUGAGUGGGUCAUCUCUCAUAAAGCAAGUCAAGUUUUCACCAGU